AUGGACACCUCCAUAGAGCAGUCUCGCUGGGUGACUCCAUCAUUGAUGCCAUCGGAGGCGAUACCAAAUUACUCCUCAGAGUCUGCUUUUCUACCUCCAAGUGAAGAGGAGCUGCCUUUUUCAAACUCAGAGUCGGAGUUCAGCGGCCUACCGUCUCUCUUCUCGGGCUCCAGCCUCAACCGCAACCUCCCAGCCUACAGACACAGUCCAGUGCGACAGGUGUACUCCUCCUCUGCGUUUCUCAAUAACAUCCCCUGGCUGGACGGCUCCGGCGGGCACCCCGGGAGCUCACAUUACCCCCCGUCCUCUUCGUCCUGGCACGGCAGCGCCUUCGCCAAGGCGCCGGCGCACCAUCACGCCCCGUCGUCCUACUUCCCCCCCGCCUCCAUCAAGCCCCCGCGUCACGAGCUGGGCUCCCCGGGCCAGGACUGCAAGGACAACCUUCGGUUUCAGGACCCGGUGAAGGGAGAGAGGCUGAGCCCGCAGGGUGGCGUCUCAGAGGGUUUCCUCUCUCUCAACGGCGCCGGCGGCGUUUACACCAACACGCACUCCCCGCAGCCCCACGCCCACUCGUUCGGACCCUUUGGCUAUAUGAGCUCCCCUCAGGACUACGGCAGCAUGGCUCUCUACUCUCCCUCCUCCUUCUCUCCCAAGCUACGCAGCAAAAUGAGGCUCUCUCCGCCAGAGGCACGGGAAUGUGUGAACUGUGGAGCUACAGCCACCCCUCUGUGGCGACGUGAUGGCACAGGCCAUUACCUUUGCAAUGCCUGUGGACUGUACCACAAGAUGAAUGGACAGAACAGGCCUCUUAUCCGGCCCAAAAAAAGAUUGAUUGUAAGCAAAAGGGCAGGCACCCAGUGUGCAAACUGCCAAACCAGCACCACCACUCUGUGGAGACGCAAUGCCAGUGGAGAACCUGUGUGUAACGCCUGUGGACUUUAUUUCAAACUGCACAAUGUGAACAGGCCACUGACUAUGAAGAAAGAUGGCAUUCAGACACGUAACCGCAAGGUAUCCAAUAAGAACAGAAAGGGAAAGAGGAGCUGUUUGCCAGAGACAGAUCUAUACCCGGACAAGGGUCCCAUCCUGGAUCCACAUUCAGAUUCGUACCCUCUGGUGCCCUAUAGUCACUCAUCGCAUAUCCUACCUUCCUCCUCUGACCUACACUCUUCCACCAGUCUGCCUUACCCCUAUCACCCAGCCACUGGAAUCUUACCCACUGUGAUAUGA